GUCUCCGCGUCCCGCCGGUGCCCUCGGUGGGGCCGCGCCCUGGGCUGGGGCCAGGUCCGCGGGAGGUUCCGUGGGUCCGGGAUCCCGCCGCGCUCUGAGCCGGGCCGGUGCCGCCGGGCAAGGGGACAGCGUGGGAGGCACCUGCCCGGCCACUGUCCGGGGCUCCGGGCCUCCGCCGAGAGCAGCGGGGGCGGACGGGAACCGACUCCUGCUGCAGCUCUACCGGGCUCCGUCGGGGAUCCCGAUUCCCGUGGCCGUUCCCUUUUCCGAGAACGGUCCCUCGGAGGGGCAGGGUGUCCGGGCUGUCCCGCUCCGGGRCUCUGCGGAGGGGUCCCUCCGUUCGGGCGGCACCGGGAACGCUUCCUCCGCCGCCGCCCUGGCCGCCUGCCCGCCACCGAGCCCGGCGUUCCGCAGCUCCGGGCGGGUGGGUUCGGAGCACCCCUUCUAGGACCCCCUCGCCUCCCCCCCGGUGCGGCAUCUCUGCCCUUCAUCAUCCUGACRCUGGUGAACUCCCCGUACAAGCGAGGCUUCUACUGCAACGAUGACUCCAUCCGCUACCCCUACAAGGCAGACACCAUCACRCACGGCCUCAUGGCCGGGGUCACCAUCAGCUGCACCGUGAUCAUUAUCUCAUCGGGAGAGGCGUACCUGGUCUACACCGAGCGCCUCUACUCCAAAUCAGAGUACAACAACUACCUGGCYGCCCUCUACAAGGUGGUGGGCACCUUUCUCUUCGGGGGGGCCAUCAGCCAGUCCCUGACMGACCUGGCCAAGUACAUGAUCGGCCGUCUCCGGCCCAACUUCCUGGCGGUCUGCAACCCAGACUGGUCCAAGGUGAACUGCUCCAUCUAYGUGCAGCUGGAGAAUGUCUGCCAGGGAGAGAGCAGGAGCAUCACCGAGUCCAGGCUGUCCUUCUACUCGGGACACUCUUCCUUUGGGAUGUACUGCAUGAUGUUCCUGGCGCUCUACGUGCAGGCCCGGCUGGUGGGCAAGUGGGCCCGCUUGCUGCGUCCCACCAUCCAGUUCUUCCUCAUCGCCUUCGCCAUCUACGUGGGCUACACCAGGGUGUCUGACUACAAACACCACUGGAGCGACGUGCUGGUGGGGCUGCUGCAGGGGGCUCUCAUUGCCGUCCUCAUUGUCCACUACGUCUCUGACUUCUUCAAGCACCGUCCCCCUCGGCAGUGCGAGGAGAAGGACCCGGAGCGCAAGCCCAGCCUGCCCCUGACCCUGAGUGACCCCGACCACAAUCACUACAGCUACCGGGGCACCCCGUGACCCCACCCCGGACUGCACAGCCGCCCCUCGCCACGCCCUGGCUGCGGGGACAGGGACGCUGGCUCUGUAUCAACCAUCRGCUCCACGGCUCUGGUGCCUCUGGCUGUCACCAGUGGGACAGCCCUGCCUGUUCCCACUCCCACAGCGCCCGUGGUGCUGCCCUGCUUGCCGGUACCCGUGGGAAGGGGAUGUCCUUUCCCCUGUGCGUCUGAGGCACGCCCCAAAAGCUGCUGUCCCAGCCCUCCRUGUGGAGGGAGGGGAGGGUGGCACRUCGGGGUGGAUUUAUGGGGCUGGUCCAAGAGCAAACUCCUGGGGAAGUCGGGGAUUGCCCGGGCCGAGCGUGUGUUGUCCCUGUCACAUUAUCCAGCCUUACAAGUACAAAUCCUCGCGGGCGCAGAGGGAGGAGGAGGACGGCUGCCGGGCUAGCUAUACUUUUUUGGAGAGGAUUAAAGCACUCCAGAGCUCUCCUCUGCUCCACUGAUGAUGUUUAAGAGCAGUCCUGCCCUCCAGCAGCUGCUGUGAGCAAAGGGUGCCUGGGCAGGCUCUUUUCCAGCGGUGCCCAGAGCUGUUUGUCCCCCUCCUGCUUCACCCCCAGCUCGGGCAAGGGGAUGCUCCAGCCUUUAUCUCUCCUGCAGCUUCAGCUGAUGCUUUAGGGUAGGUGGGGGGAGGGCUAGGGAGAYGUUUUCUGUGGUAAAGGAAAAUAAAUGGGGAUGUGGAGCUGGACACGGGACCCSAAACACCCUGGGAAGGUGGGGGCAGUGGGUACAGAGCAGUCCCAUCACUGACACGUGGCUGCCUCCAGCACUGGAGUGCUGUGGGUCUCUUUUUAAAAGACGUGCAUUUUCGUUACGAUGUUGUUUUUAAAUUAGAUCAUCCAUAAAGAAUGUCUGUGUCA